CUGUUACUUGCUUGUCGGAACAUGCUGGAACGCACUGUUGAAAACUUCUGCGAUUCAGACUCAGUUAUUCAGCAGAGGUUCGGCCUACGUCCUCUGUGGUUUCAACAGGUUUGCCGUAUGCCUACCUGAAAAAAGGGAUGAUUUCGUUUCAAUGACUCACCAUUAAACGGAUCUAAAGCCACACCCUCUGAAGGUUGGGACGACAAAUGUAACUGGUACAUCAAAUGUUUGUUGGGUCUCGGAGCGUCUCAUCGACGUGACAAAUUUGUGUCUUUGAGUGUUCAGCUGUACGAAAAACGAACACUUUGAAAGGGGUCUUUGCUUACCGGCGAAGUUGCCAGGCAUACUAAGAAGGCCAAAAAAAAAAAAAAAAAAGAUGGGAAUAUUGUAUUCGGAGCCCAUCUGCCAGGCAGCUUAUGACAAUGACAUCCACCGGGUGUACCGUCUACUCGUCUCAGAUGGCAAGAAUUUAAAUGUUCAAGAUAAAAUUACAGGAGACACACCCAUCAUAGCCGCCAGCAGACAGGGGAACACCAGGAUAGUCGAUUACCUCCUGCGUCAAAAUGCAGAAGUCGCCAUCCGGAACAAGAAGCAGAGGACAUGCUUGCACUAUGCUGCGAAGAAGACGUUCUCUCUCCUGGAUUACCUGAUGAUUGCUAUUCUGAUGCCCAUUUUAUUAAUUGGAUACUUCAUCAUGGAGGAAAAGCUGAGAAAGAAUGUUAAUUUGAUGAAGGUGGUUCUGAGCAGCAAGGUGAACAUUGAUGCUGUAGACUACAAAGGGAACACCGCGCUUCAUUAUGCCUGUCAGAGAAAAAGUCACCGCAUUGUCCCGCUAUUAUUGGAGAAAAAUGCAGACAUUUCCAUAAAAAACAAAGAUGGUGAGACUCCAUUGGAUAUUGCACGGAGGUUAAAAUUCAUCAAGAUUGUAAAAAUGCUGAGGAAAUCAGACUGAAAGCAGUAAUGAGAGAAGGAUGGGAAUGUUUUACCCAUGGCAGCACUGUCCCCAUCAGGGCGUCUUUGAACUGCAAGAGGGAAGAUUAUAAGUCAAGUGCAUGAAUUUGGGUUGCUGAAAGUGCCUUGCUAUUCAAGGAGACUGACCUCUCACUUCGAAACAUGAUACACAUACGAGUUACACACAUAAAAUUUGAUUUGUUUCACAGUAUUAUUCUCAGACCUGCCAUUUGAGAAAUGAUCAACUCAGCCUCCACGUCCAACUACUUCUAUAGUUGUCUUUAGUCCACGGUUAGAUUAUUGUUACUGCAAAAAGUUAUUGCACCCUGCCGAACAAUAUUUUUACACAAUUGUAUUUAAUGAAAGCACGUAUGUAAACACUAUUUAAGUUAAGCACUUAAUUUCCCAUGUGGAUGUGGCUCUUUGGUUGCACUUCACCGCCGAGGCAAAGUGAAGACACAGAAAUGACUCAUAAGUGUGAGCCAACAUUCCUCUAUGAAUGCGUGCUAUGAGUUUUUAGAUGUUGUGAUUGUAUCAGAUUGUCUUUUUCUAUACUGCAGGAUGUGCAGAAGCUUUAAUAAAUAACACUGACAUAAUGCCACCGCUUCACUUGCCCAGCAUAUGAACAGAGUGCAGACAAGGGAGUAGGUUUUGAAGGACGUCAUUAGUAGUUUGUGAACACAAACACACACACUAGGGAUUGUUUGUGCUAUUUGCCCAUGAGGAUAUUAACUAGAGCUACACACCUCAUUGGUGAUAGAGACCUUAAUUACCUGUGGCUGGUGAAAAUUACACUCAGUGUUAUGGUAUUAGCAUAUGAAGCUAGUACGGUAUCCUGGUGGGUGGCUUCGUGUCCUCUGCCUUCGUGUCAGUACCUCCAGGACUGCAAUACAUCGCAAUCGCUUCACUCAUAACUGAUUUGGAUGUCUUACACCAAACUGUCUUCU